AUGUGAUAUUAUCUCAAAAGAUUAAAUAUGAAAUAUUAAAUAUUUAAGUAUCAAUAAAUAUUAAGAAACAUUCAUAGUUCUUAAAAAUAAUUAUUAGUAAUUCAAAUGCUCAAUUACAAUAUCAAAUUGGUUUCUUGUAUAGAUACAAUAUUGUGUAAAUAGUUAUAAUAAAAUGUCAAUAUUCGAAUUGUUGAAAAGAUGCCUCGUAAUCGUGAUAAAACCACAUAUAGAAGUAGCACAUCGGAGAGAACUAUGGAAAAAGCAGCACUACUAUGUUUGGAUAAUCUUAUGUCGGAACAAUCUGCAGCUAAAAAAUUUAAUAUUUCCCAUGUGAAGUUAAACAGGUACAUAGAAAAAUUUAAAUGCCAUAGGGGAACAGGUAGUUAUCUGCCAGCAUUCAGUUACCAACCACCUAAUAAAAUAUUUGACUACUUUCAAGAAAAACAACUUGCAGAUUACGUAAAAUUUUCCGCAGAUAUGUAUUUUGGCUUAAAUUCUAUAAAUAUUGGUAAACUAGCUUAUGAAUAUUCAGUUAAACUUGAUUUGACAGUACCAAACAGUUGGAAACAAAAUAAUGUAGCUGACCUUGAUUGGAUUACAGCCUUUUUAGAAAGAAACCCAUCACUGUUCAUUUGUUUCCCAAAAGUGAUUAAUAUAUCAAGAGCUAUUAAUUUCAACCCAGAAAAUCUAAAAAAUUUUAUGGAUAAAUAUGAGUCAAUUUUAUUGAAGUACAAAUUUCAAGCACAUAAUAUUUACAACAUGGAGAAAAUAGGGGUUUCAUUUGUCCAAAAGACAGGAAAAAUAGUAGCAUCUCGAGGUAAUAAACAUAAUAAACCGAUCACAAGUGGCAAAAUUAGUACAGUUACCAUGUACUUAGCUAUAAAUGCAGCGGGCAACUUUAUUCCUCCCAUGCAUAUAUUAUCUAAGGCUGCCCAUAAUUUAAACUGUAUGCAAGGCGUUGAGUUCUUAAAGAUUUUGAAGAAAUUUACCAAAUAUGUCAGACCUUCAGUUGAUAAAAAAGUUCUUAUUCUACUUGACAACCAUGAAUCUCACUUAUGUUUGCCAGUGAUUGAUUUUUGCAAGGAAGUAGGCAUUUUAUUAUUAUCAUUUCCACCUCACGGUUUUGGUAAACUCCAGCCAUUGAACAGAUCCGUGUAUAGACCAUUUAAUCAAUUUUUGAACAAAAAUAUAUCGGCCUGGAUUAAAAAUAAUCCAGGGAUAAAAUUAAGAACACAUGAUGUGGCUUUAGUGUCAUCUAGUACAAGUGCAUUAGUUAGUGCUGCUACACCUCAAAAUAUUAUUAACGGAUUCUCUAUGACAGGGAUUUGGCCUUUAGAUCGAGAUGCAUUUACUAAGGAUACAUUUACACCAGCAGUUUUUGAAGAUAUUGACGAAAUGGUAAUAGAUGAUGUUGAAAAAGAAUCAGCAAUUUUUGACAUUAAUCCUCAUUUGAAUACAGAAGGAUUUUUCUUUUCUUAUCCAGACAAAGUUUCUACUGUUACUCGAGAAACUUCUUUCUUUUCUGAUGAUACAUUUAUAGCUCCAGAAACUCAUCGACUGAUUAUGAAACUACGUAGUAAAAAAAAAGAGAAGAGCACAACUCCUGAAAAAUUAGAAAUAGAAGAUGAAACAAAAAAUUAAGCUAAGAAAACCUAGUAAUAUUUGUAAUAUUAUUUAAUAAUAUAUGUACUUGCUUGAAGAAGUAGUCUCUCCUCGAUGAUUCUAUUAAAUAUUGAACAUAUUGGAAAUAUUAAUACUAUGUACUGUACCUACUAUUUAAAUAAUUUUGAUUAAAAAGGAUAUUCAUAAGUAAAAUUUGUACUCAUUAAUGUUUAUAACUAUAUAAAAAUAAUAGAUUUUAAUUUUCUACUGUUAAAUAUUUAUUGAUUAGAAAUCUAAAUAAUAUCAAUAAAUUUGAACAUAAAAUACAUUAUGUCAAAAUCGACUGUUGAACUUGUAACUUUAUUUUUACCAAGCAUUAUAAUAUUACAAUUCAUUAUCAUUUAUUAACUUGAAAUGUUACAUUAAUUACAUUGUUCUCUUAUAAUGAAAUCAAAAUAAUAAAUAUUUUUAUAAUAAUUAUAACAAAAACAAAUUGUUGGCAUAUUAUGAUAUUCAUUUAUCUUAUCCUAUAAUCAUAUGAAGUAACACAAAACAAACUUCAAGAUCAUCAUAAAUAUGAAAAAAUCCAAAAUAAUUUGAUUGAAACAAAAUAUUUUUGUUUUAACCUUGAAACUAAAGACCACUUUCAAACAAUAGUUGAAUAGCGACACAAAUGUUAAAAAUAAGAAAAUCGCCACAUGAAAAAUCAAGUGAAUAUCCAAUAUUUUAAAAAUGUGAACUGCAAAAGUAACAUUAAUUGUAAUGCCCUACUUUUU